GUGUUCUGUACUGGGAGACAACCGAGAAGACGACACCAUGUUGUGUUGUCUGACACAGCUGUGGUUGAGUUGUGUGUCCACUCCGCUCAACCGUUAGCUCGUCACGUGACCAUCAACAACCACACGUUCCACAUGGGUGGAGGUGCCACACGCUCCGACAAAAUCUUCCUGGAGCUCCAGGAACAAGACGACAACCAACACGUAUUGAAGCUGAAGCUAAGGAAUGUGACACAUCUGGACUUUACAUCCUACACUGUGACUAUAUCUAAUGUCAAAAAUACAAGCCUGAUUUAUAAAUUUACUUUAAUGAACUGCACAGGUCCCCACCCAAGACUGUGUGAGAACUCACCCCACGACCAGCACGUGAGGGCCAACCUUGGAGACACUGCUCACGUCGAGUUCUGCGUGGUGCACGCUGGUCCAGACCUCAACACGCACAUAGGGCUGGACGGCACACCUUAUCACGUGACUCCCUGCCAGGACACGACUCAUAGGUCGACCAUUGAGCGAGUCAACAUCUGUGUACAAUCAGAGAGUGACUCUCCACGUGACUCUCGGCGUGACUCUUGGCGUCACGUUGUCCGUGUGUCGAUACACAAUGUUUCGGCUGAGGACUUCACCAGACACAACAUGUUGGUUAAGGCGACGCCGUGUCAGAGAAUGGAGUACACAUUCAAGUUGUCGCAACACACAGGACGGCCCAAGUUUUGCCACGGAUUUGAUCACGUGACAAAGAUCUACGCCAAACUGUCCCAGAAUGCCACAGUGUUUGUGUGUUUGAACACAACGCCAUCAACCACCCACAUGGUGAGCAUCAACAACAUCAACCACUCCCUCCACACAACGGACGACAACAGCAGCCUGAGGGUGACGGCUAGCACUAACAGGACCACACACACCAGACUGGUGCUGCUAGAGUUCGUACGGCUAAAGCCGGAAGAAUUCCAGCAAUACACGGUCACGGUUUUCUCCGAGGCGACGAGAGAAAACCGGAGCUACGUUUUUUACCUGAAGGAUAAGACAGAUAUAGAGAAGCGCGUGCUGAUGACGGUCAAUGACGUCAUACAACCCGCGGGAAACGAAGCGCCACUUCUAGUGUCUGCUGGUACUGACGUCACAAUCUCCUGCCUGUUGACUGACCAAGAUAUGGUUGGCCAAACAGCUCUGGCCAUCACUGGCCAGACGGCACGGUUGAACACAUCACACGGUGGGCGGCAACUGGUUCACCAACUUGACAACAUCAGCUGUGCCGACAUGGACACCUACCACUGUACUGGGAAAUAUUUCAACCAAGUUUUCUUUGACACCCAGCUAAAGCUUAUCGUCAAAAAUUGCCUACAGCUGUGCCACAACCAGAGCUCGACUAGAGAGAUACAAGCACACGAGAACGGCUCGAUACACCUAGAGUUUUGUGUCUUUUAUGUUGGAGAUGUCCUACCUACUUUUCCCAUCUACCUGGGUGGAGUAGAGUUGAACAGUUCCAGUCACGUGACCUACAAAACAACAUGGCGGCCACUGAACACAACCCAUCACAACGUCAUGGUCAGUAUCUCAAACUUAACGCGGGAAACUGGAGAAACGUUGGAAGUUUGGCUGAGUCCUAGCAAUGUUGCCAUGUUCACUGUUGGCACCAUCACUCCAGAGGCUGAUUACAAGUUGAACAGUUCGGCCUCAAUUUUGGAGAACUCCACAGCUGUCUCAUUAUGUGACGUCAUAUCACUGGCUGCAGCGGUGGUAGUUUGGUGGUUGUGUGUGAUGGUGUAGUAUGAAAUGUUUUGUGGUUGUGUGUGAUGUUUGGUGGUUGUGUGUGAUAUUUUGUGGUUGUGUGUGAUGGUGUGGUAUGAAAUGUUUGGUGGUUGUGUGUGAUGGUGUAGUAUGAAAUGUUUGGUGGUUGUGUGUGAUGUUUGGUAGUUGUGUGUGAUGUUUUGUGGUUGUGUGUGAUGGUGUGGUAUGAAAUGUUUGGUGGUUGUGUGUGAUGGUGUAGUAUGAAAUGUUUGGUGGUUGUGUGUGAUGUUUGGUGGUUGUGUGUGAUGGUGUAGUAUGAAAUGUUUGGUGGUUGUGUGUGAUGUUUGGUGGUUGUGUGUGAUGGUGUAGUAUGAAAUGUUUGGUGGUUGUGUGUGAUGUAAAAAAGUAAGUUUUCCUUUCAAACCUGACGGUCUAUGGGGCAAGUGAAGUAGAGUUCACUUGUUUCUGUGACCUCAGCAUAUGAAGAGAUAGUGUGGUCAGCACUAUGCCCAGCCGCCUUUCCUCGAGAAUUACGGGUUAGCAGUCCAGCUCUCUACCGCUAGACCACUCCGUCCCAUUUGUGUGUGAUGGUGUAGCAUGAAAUGUUUGGUGGUUGUGUGAGAUGGUGUAGUAUGACAUCGUUGAAGGUGGAGUAAGACAAACCUCUGGUGUGUGAUAAUUAACCUUUUGACAAUUACAAUUGUUGUCUGUAUGCAUAAUCUGUUAAACAAAUUGUAUUUACAAUCUAUAAAAUGUUUGUGCCAAAUAAGCUAUUA